AUGCUGGGAGUGGCGCUGAGCACUCCCCUCUGGGUAGCCACCACGCGGCUGAAGAUCGGGCGUGCCACUGGCGAUGGCCUCUGGCAAGAGGUGGGCUUCAUCCUCGUCCAAGAGGGCUUCGGGGCCCUCUGGAGCGGUAUGGCCUCGUCGAUGCUGCUGGUCGCCAACCCUGCCAUUCAGUUUGUCAUCUACGACCUGUUGAAGCGGAACUUCUUCCAAAGAGAGGCAGAGAUUUCCGCGUCCAAUGCCUUCAUUGCCGGCGCAAUCGCGAAGUCCGUGGCUACCUGCGCAACUUACCCGUUCCAAGUUGCUCAGACACGACAGCGAGUGCAUCGACGAACACCGGGGGUGGCUGAGACGGGCAUCUUCGACUGCCUCAUCGAAGUGGUGGUCAUGAGCGGCUUCGCAGCCCUGUAUGCUGGCAUUGAGGCGAAACUCCUGCAGACCGUGCUCAACUCGGCACUGAUGUUCAUGUUCUACGAGAAGUUGGUGGCCCAACUGCAUGGCAUCUACGCCGCCAUUGCGGAAAACAGGAGUCGACGCCCCAAGCGAUUUCGUCAAGGCAUCUGA